UACGGCGGCGACUGCACGGUCUCCGGCUGCAGCUCGUGCGGGGCUCUGGUGUGCGCUCCGAGGGGCCGCUUCAGCCCGAGGGCCGGCUGACGGAGGGAUAGAAGGAGGGAAUCCCGCGCUGCCGAGACGCUCGCGCGCAGCCACUGCGCGCCGGCGGGGAAGCCCUUGGGCUCCCGGCACGCUGAGCCUAGCCUCAGGCGGGCAGGCGGGGUCCCCGAGGCAGGCUUGGGCCCCGGGCGCCGGAGGGCCCGAGCGGGCGCUCCUUCUGAAAACAGCCUCUGGCCCGCGGCCCAGAUUUGGCCCCUGGGGUGCGGGCGCAGGGCAGCGCACAGGGAGGAAGCGAGAGGAGCCGCUCUCCGCCCGACUUGGAAGCGCCUUCCCUAGUCCAGAAUGCCCAAGAAGAAGCCGACGCCCAUCCAGCUGAACCCGGCCCCCGACGGCUCGGCGGUGAACGGGACCACCUCGGCGGAGACCAACCUGGAGGCCUUGCAGAAGAAGCUGGAGGAGCUAGAACUUGAUGAACAGCAGCGGAAGCGCCUCGAGGCCUUUCUUACCCAGAAACAGAAGGUGGGCGAGCUGAAGGAUGACGACUUUGAGAAGAUCAGCGAGCUGGGUGCUGGCAAUGGCGGCGUGGUGUUCAAGGUCUCUCACAAGCCGUCUGGCCUGGUCAUGGCCAGAAAGCUAAUUCACCUGGAGAUCAAACCUGCAAUCCGGAACCAGAUCAUAAGGGAGCUGCAGGUUCUGCAUGAGUGUAACUCCCCAUACAUCGUGGGCUUCUACGGUGCAUUCUACAGCGAUGGCGAGAUCAGCAUCUGCAUGGAGCACAUGGAUGGGGGUUCCUUGGAUCAAGUCCUGAAGAAAGCUGGAAGAAUUCCCGAACAAAUUUUAGGAAAAGUUAGCAUUGCUGUAAUAAAGGGACUGACUUACCUGAGGGAGAAGCACAAGAUAAUGCACAGAGAUGUCAAGCCCUCCAACAUCCUGGUGAACUCCCGUGGGGAGAUCAAGCUAUGUGACUUUGGGGUCAGUGGGCAGCUCAUCGACUCCAUGGCUAACUCCUUCGUGGGCACCAGGUCCUACAUGUCGCCAGAAAGACUCCAGGGGACCCACUAUUCUGUGCAGUCGGACAUCUGGAGCAUGGGGCUCUCUCUUGUGGAGAUGGCAGUUGGGAGGUACCCCAUCCCUCCUCCAGAUGCCAAGGAGCUGGAGCUGAUGUUUGGGUGCCAUGUGGAGGGAGAUGCAGCUGAGACACCGCCCAGGCCAAGGACCCCUGGGAGGCCGCUCAGCUCUUAUGGAAUGGACAGCCGACCUCCCAUGGCGAUUUUUGAGUUGUUGGAUUACAUAGUUAACGAGCCUCCUCCAAAACUUCCCAGUGGAGUAUUCAGUCUGGAAUUCCAAGAUUUUGUGAAUAAAUGCCUAAUCAAAAACCCCGCAGAGAGAGCAGAUUUGAAGCAACUCAUGGUUCACACGUUUAUCAAGAGAUCUGAUGCUGAAGAAGUGGAUUUUGCCGGUUGGCUCUGCUCCACCAUCGGCCUUAACCAGCCCAGCACACCAACGCACGCAGCUGGCGUCUAAGCGUUAAUGAAGCAGCAGAGUCCCCUGCCCAGUGGCAUGCCAUGUUGCUUUCGGGCCUCGUUCCCAUGCCUGGCUCCAUUCAGACGUCCAUUUCACCUGUGAUAAAGGAUGAAGAUACAGCAUGUGCCAAAAUUCUACUUAUUUUUACUAUUACUGUCUUAUUCUUCUAUUGUUAGUUCCCUAAGUGGAUUGGCUGUGUGCUUGGGGCAUCUGUGUGCUGAUGAUUAAAACAUGAGCAACGCUGAAUUACAGUGAACCUCUGGUGACUGUGGGUAGUCAUUCUUCCUGAAACUUGCACUGCUGUUCCCUCACUGUGACUGGCUGGCCGCAUGUAUUUUCAGGGCUCUCUGAUACAUCCACCUCGCAGCACUGCGUUCUUGCCGGCGCACCUGCUCUCCACUCCAGUGGGGAAGCCCGGGACACCCUUCACAGGCAGUGUGUGUGAGGCAUGCUUUGCUGCUAUGAAAAUGAGCGUCACAAAGUGUACGUCAUGUUUUUAGUAGUAGUAAUUUGCUUUUGAUGUAGAAUUCAGCAUUUUCCAUCAAAAUCUUGCCAGGGCCCUUCACUGCCAUGAUAGCCAGGGCUUCACCAGUCUGUCUACUGGGAUGAUUUGUAGACUUCUGGUUGUAUUUCUAUAUUUAUUUUUAAAUAUACUAGGUGGGGUUAUUUAGUGGCGUGUGUCUCUCUAAGUUUGGAUUAGUGUUUCUAAAACAGUCGAGUUAUUUUGAAUGUCACAAAUGGAUCAAGGCAUUAAAACGUGUCAGAUUAAUCUUUCCCUGAAUCCAAGUACUGAUGCUAUUAUAAAACAAGUGUGUAUAGUGCCUAAAAAUUGUAUGAAAAUCCUGUUAACCGUUUUAAUCCAGAUGUUUAACAACUCUAAUCUCUUAUUCUAAUAAAUAUACUAUCAAGUUAAGAAAAAAAAAA